AAAUAAAAUUACAUUUCAUCAUCGUUAUAAAGCAUCAUUUAUAAAAAAUAAUUACAUAGAACGAAAUAUGUAAUUUGCAAUAAAAUUAUUUGGGGUGUCCACGCACCUGUCCAAUCAUAGGUCACUUUUAAAUUUAGCGCCAACAUCCGGGAACUUCAGCGGUUUCGACAACAAACUUGAAUAUGUCAAAUUAUCGGAAAUCUACCCUUGGAGGGGCUCAAAGAAAAAAAGCAGGUCCAAAGCCAGAACUGACGGAGGAGCAAAAGCAAGAAAUAAGAGAAGCAUUUGACCUUUUUGAUGCUGAUGGCUCUGGUACUAUAGAUGCUAAGGAGUUGAAGGUUGCAAUGAGGGCUCUAGGAUUUGAGCCAAAGAAAGAAGAAAUUAAAAAAAUGAUUCAAGAUAUCGACAAAGAGGGUUCAGGAACAAUAGACUUCAAUGAUUUUCUUACAAUGAUGACUCAAAAGAUGAGUGAAAAAGACUCAAAGGAAGAAAUCCUUAAAGCAUUUAGGUUAUUUGACGAUGAUGAAACUGGAAAGAUCUCAUUUAAAAAUCUAAAGCGGGUAGCAAAAGAACUGGGAGAGAAUCUAACAGAUGAAGAAUUACAAGAGAUGAUAGAUGAAGCUGACAGGGAUGGAGAUGGUGAAAUAAAUGAACCUGAAUUUUUAAGAAUUAUGAAGAAAACUAGUUUAUAUUGAGAACAUAUAUCUUUACAAUCCAUUUCAACACAUGACGUCAUAAUGGUAGACAUUGUAUUACAUUUCCUGGCACCUGGAUUUUGGAAUAUCUAUGUAUCUGAGUGACAUUUAUAUGUGAAAUUCAUAAUUGGUAUAAGUAAAAUCAUGAGGCCUACCUGUACAAACUCAUAUGAUAUGGUUAAUAACAUCUGUAUGUGCAGAACGUCUUUUGUAACCACACUUGACAUAUUAAAUGCACUGACAUGAUAAC